CACGCGCUUGGCACUCAAAAUCAAUGCUUCCCAUUAGCCGGAGCUGUUUCUCAUGCAGCAGCAAGAGCAGCAGCAGCAGCAGCAGCAUCAUCAGCAGCAAAUUCCUUGCCGGCAAAGCCGGUGGUCGUGGUGGUGCAGGACGCCGGCCGCGCGUGGCUGCGGCCGAAGGGGGCUGCGUGUUGGCACGGCACGAGCCAGAGGAGAGAGAGUUGGGGGUUGGGGGACACGGGCUCCAGAGCGUUUGACAACGACGGCGAAGUAGAAGAAGUCAAUUCAUUGACGUAACGCAAGACCAGGCGUCAUCGGAGGAGGAGGAAGGAGGACGUGGAGGAGGUUCGAGCGAGCCACUGGCCAGAGAUGUUGGUGCAGCGACGCGCGUGCGACAUGGAUACCGUUGAGAACGUGCGCGUGUAACUUCUUAAAUCAUCAUGACAGCUUCGUAAAUAAACAGGGGGGGGGGGGGGGGGGCCACUUCUGGAAAUUCGCUCGGCCCCGGGGGGGGCGAGAGGCUCCAUUACUUGAGCGCGACCGUGACGCAGCGAGGACCUCAGACGCUCGCGCGCCGAGCUCGGGCAGAGGCAGACACAGAGAGAGAGGUAGAGAGAGAGGAUUUGAGAAAGUGGAAUAUUCCCACCAUGGAAGUGAGCUUCAAGAUGCCGGCUGCGGACAUCGCCGCGCUGGGGAACAACAACCCUCGCAUCCAGACCCACGUGUUGGGGGCCUACAGCGAGGGGCCGCUGCACAGCGCCGUGCAGGAGAUCAGCAUCGACCUGCACGGCUUCAAGAAGGCGGUGGACAAGAAGGUGGAGGAGAUGGCCCGUCAGAUGGGCCCGCUCAUCAAGAUGAUCAACGACCUCCGGGACGAGAACAUGAGGCUGAGGGCCGAGCAGACUCGGCUCGCCGGACGCGUCGAGGUGCUCACCAAGCUGCUCGGGGUCGAGGAUCGAUCCGUCGCACCGCCCGCCACGGUUGCCUCGGCGGCUCCCUCCGGGGUCACGGCCACCGCCUAUGAACGCCCGACGUCGGCGGCCGUAGCCCUCGACGGCGCCGGUUCGCAGAAGUCGGCGUUCAACACCACGCUGAAGAUCAAGCUCGAGACGGAGCCUACCAAGAGCAGUAAUCAGCCCCAAGAAGACACCGCCCGCAGAGAGGCGGCGGUGGCGGGCGCGCCAAAAGCCGAGCCGUUCGAUACAAACGACGUGGAUGAAGAGGUCCUGGAGAGGAUGCUUGCACAGGCCACAGACUUUGAGGAGAGGAGAGGAAUUCGCACGGCGAUUAGAAACCUUCGAAAAAAGGCCAGAGGUGUGCAGGGAAGUGUCUCGACGGAUGACACUCUGUAUGAGGAAAGUGUCGCCGAAGAACAGAGGGAGAGCGUCCAUGAGAGCAAAUCCACAGACAGCAGCCGCGGUCAGCAGAAGGGCAUCGUUGUGGAGCAGCUCGCGACCGCUGGGGACAAGGGCUUCAGCAAAACGGAAAAAGUGAUCUUCGGCGAUUCCACAAGAUCGGUCAAGGUCGUUCAGAAAACCAUUUCCACAGGCAACACGAUGAAAAAGUCUAUACUCUCGACGGUGGAGUCCAACUAUUCGGGAAUCAAUGAAAACACAAUUGCGAGGACCUCCAACAAAUCGGUGACGUUCAGCACCGCGAGCAUCUUGAACAUUCCAGCGACGAGCGGGGAGGGCGGCGGCUCUCACACGACGCCGCCUACCUCCUUCAAGACCCCCCCCGGGAGCCAGGAGAGGCAGAUGGGGGGCCGCUUGGAGCUCACGAGGUCCCAGUCGCUGCCCCGCACGCCCACCACCCAGUCUCGAAAAGGGCUCUUCCAGAAACUGGAGCAAGACGCCAGCUGGCAAUCGGCCUUAAAGGAGAAGAAUGCCGCAGUCAACAGCGGCGGCGGGGUCCCGGCCGGCUGCAAGGCGCCACUGCAACGAUCGGCGAGCGCCUCCCUGCCCGACGCCACCACCAUCAAACAGACCAUCCUCGACUGGGUCAGGUCAAAGACCGACAGAUACGAGAAUGUGACUAUCAAGAACUUCUCAUCCAGCUGGUGUGACGGCAUGGCGUUCUGCGCCCUCGUGCACAGCUACUUCCCGGAGGCGUUCGACUUCUCCAAGCUGAGUCCGCAGAACCCGCGGCACAACUUCCAGCUCGCCUUCACCUGCGCCGAGCAAUUGGCCCACUGCGACCCCCUCCUCGACGUCGACGACAUGAUAAUGAUGGGGAAGAAGCCGGACUCCAAGUGCGUCUUCACGUACGUACAGUCUCUGUACAACAAACUGAGGCGGCUCGAGAGGAUGAUGGAGAAGGCGCAGCAGCAGCAGCAGUGACUAGGUACGGUUUUAUGUUAUCAGAUUAUUCUAUUAUUGGUUACUGGCCCGCUUGGCGUUUUGAGUCUAUCUGAAAUAGCGACCGUGAUCAACAACAAUUUAUUUUUUCGCGGAGAGAUCGAAUCUUUGGAAGGACAAAAAAUAAAAACCACGGCAACUUCAAGACGUCUUUGGAAGGAGAGCACACGGCGGAAUUCAAAAACAAACGACUGCAUUUAGCCAGGAAAAGCUUUUGAUCCGUGACACUUUGAAUUUGCCCUCCGUUGUUUUAGAAAUGUCAUUUGACGACCUUGGCUUUGAAGACACAAAGUUACGGAUAUUGGUUUUGGUCAAGCCCAGUACCCUUUAUAGUCAUCAUAACACCUUGACGGAUGUGACAUCUUAAUUGCCCUUCAUAUGGAAGUAUUCAAUUCAAGGGUUGGGGGGCUGUAGAGGGCUGAGACCCCCACCUCCUCCCACCCUUGCUAAAGGGCCUAGUGCCUUCUUCUAGAAUUGUUUUAAAGAGUCAAGUAAAAAAUGUUUGUUGCAAUAUUUAACACCAUUGGCGGGACGAGAGCUAGAGCAUUUUGUUUAAAGUUAAAAAUGUCAUGAUCUCAACCCCCCGAGCUUGAAUAGCCCCCCCUCUCUGCCAGCACCCUCCCCCGCCCCCCCCCCCAUUUUAAACAAGGUCACGCUAUAGGGCUCCCAUGAAUUUAACGCGUGUCACAAUCCGGUGUGCGGGAGCGGAUUUGUAUCACUUUAUUAACGCGGGCGCGUCCAAUUCGCUUCAGCGUCUUACAAUCCGGAUAAUACGGCGGCGACGUUAUUGUGUAUUUCUUUUUGCUUUUGCGUCGAUAUUUCUGUUGCAAAACAUGUGACGCUAAAUGCUUCCUCGUUUUACAAAAAAACAAAAUAAUGCGUGGUGGCGAUUAAGUCUGAGAAAACAAUACCGGGUUGCCUGAUAUUCUCUACAAUCAGCCCUGCCAAAUUUAAUUAAACCCCGGGUGAAAAUAGUAUUUUUCACAGAUUUCUGCAGACCAAAUUAGACAAUGGCACCACCAUGGGGAUAUGCGAUGGAGGUGUUAACUACCGUAUUCUCCAGAUUACAAGACCCAAUUGUUUCGUGUGCAGCAGUUUGUAAGCGUUGCAGAGCAAAAGUUGGGGGUGCGUCUUUUAAUCCGGUGUUUGUUCUGUAUUAUCUCUCACCAUGUACCGUAUUAACCGAUGCACUUUUUCUGCUUUGUCGUUUUAUAACAAUUCGAACACGUUUUCUGCUAUCCCGAGAAGUAUUUUCCGGGGAUGUUUUGUUUCAUAUUCUUAGGUUUUUUCGGUAAAGUCACGUAGGUAAAACAUUUAAAUUAAUGAAAGUAAAAUAAAAUAAUUAUAUUUUAAAAUAUUUUAUUUUACUUUCAUUAAUUUUAAUGUUUUACCUAAGUGACGUUACCGAAAAAACCUAAGAAUAUGAAUCCUUGCAGUCACGAAAGCUUCAAAUCUAGAAUUGAUGUUUUGUUUCGUUUACGAAAGAUCCCGAAACUUGGGGUGCGUCUCACUUUCCGAAGCGUCUUAAAGUCUGGAGAAAAGGGUUACACAUCCAUCCCCACCCGCUCCUCCGGCGCAGUUAAGUCAAUGAAUUGUCGUGAUCCAUGACCUCGAUCUAAUUGGAAGACGAUUCGUUAUUUUUUUCUUCUUCUUCAAUAAGUGGAAGCGUUUCCAGUUGCUACGGUGGUCAUGCGCACGCCCAUUACCACACACAACUACAACAUAUUCCUGCUCAAAGGAAUCAAUGUAUUUAUGAGCUCUAGUAUCAAUAUUAAUGAAUUUAUGCAUCGUUACACCCAGAGUAUACACACAACUGCAGCACCCUAAAUUGGACGCAGGUUCCACGCAUUCGUCAAUAACACUGGCGGAAUAACACGCCGAUGUUUCAGAUCAUUACUCUUAUUAAUGUGAAAUAUUAACUCGAGUUUUAUUAUUACAGCGCAAUUCGCACAAAGGCCUCAAAGCGAAUUUACGUCCAGCUUUAUGUUAUGGCGAAAGCGCGUUGUUUAAAAACAAGCGGGUAUCAUGGCGCAAUUUUAAAAAAAGGUGUAACAGACCCGCAUUCACUAUUGGGCUGAGGGAGGGAGAAAAUUCCACAAUCGCAGAGCCUGGCUGAAAAAAAUAUCAAGUCUCCCACAGAACAAAGUCUGGUCUUUGGAAUGAGACGAUUAGAAUCAGCAGAUCUAAGUUUUCGCAGUGGAAUUUUAAAACUUAUGCUGAGAGUAUUGAGGAGCCAACUCAUUCAAGACCUUAAUCGUGACAAGAAUCUUGAAAAAAGUCGAUUCUGUACUUUACAGGGAGCCAUAUGCUUCGCCAUUCAUGGGACACUGCUUUGGAUCAAAUAAAAAAGGUGUCAUUCUUGUUUGUGCAUUGCUGCCCCGAGGCGAGAGUGUACGAGGAUGGCCCAAUGUUACAUUUGCAACGUCUCACGAAGUGGACACCUGUGACUUUUACUGAACAUGUGUGGUAAAGAGCAUCAUAGCUCGACUCUGAAGUGAAUGAAAACCUAUUCAGCACGUUGUGGAAACAUUUCCCUGCCACGCGUACACAUAUGGCUCCCACCCAAAUUCCGCGAUGCCCUCAAACCACUCGAAGCGUGGAAUUCUUUAGGAAGAGACAAGAUACACGCAGCCAUUGUCAUCGACCAUCUUACAAGCGAGCACGUUCAACAAACCACAAUUUAUCCUCCAUGUUUAAACAUCUUUCGCCACUCAACACACACACUGCUGCGUGACGAGACGAGUGUCAUUAAACCGUACGGGGCUAAACCUUUUAUGCCUGGGCUGUGCGAAACAUUUCCCUCCCGCCUUGCGGUGGCACCGCACGAACGCCGCCUCGUGGCAAAACGCUGCUCGCGGCCAUCUUGGAAAUACCCACGGUGCUUUGCGGGGUAGACGUCGCGUGACGUCACAGACCAGGGGGGUGGGGUGGGGGUGGGUCAACCCCAGGGUUUGAGACAUGCGCUACUGGUUUCAAAACGAAUCGCGGACACGCGUGCAACAAUAAAAACCACAACAACACUCAGUCAGUGUGUACUCUGCACGUUUCUGCAUACCUGUCGACCCCUUUAUUAGUGCCCUAUCCUUAUUACAGACCAAUUCCAGACCUUGUUGGUCACCCCGUGCCCCUUUUAAAUCUCAACGUUCAUCCUACAAAGUCCCAUCACAAGGGGGAAACAAACAGAUAGACACAUUUUUUUGCCCGUAUUGAAAUGGUUGUACGUCCGUAUGGAAUAUGGGUAAACCGUAUGGGUUAACAGGUAAGUUUCUAUACUCUUUGGUUCUUUCGGUAAAGUCACAGAAAUAAAUAAACUACGUGACUUUACAAAAAAAACCAAAGAGUAUGGAUACCUGCAGUCACGAAAGCUUCAAAUCAAGAUAGGUAUGUUUCUGUGUAUUAUUUUUGGAAACGUGUGCUUUUAAAAAAAUAAAAUAUUCUCCGCAUUAUAAGAUGCACCACCAACGGUUAAAAUACAAGGUGGAAAAGCUGCGUCAUAUUCCGGAGAAUACAGUGAGUGUCUUGGAUACACUUGCCUUGCCAUACCAGUAGCAAACUAUCUUUACAAGAACAAACACUGGCGCUGCCUAUUUCCCGUCACAAUUAAUUAUACUUACCUGGGUUCACAUGAAGUAAAAAAAAAACAUCUGGUGAAAUAGCUCUGCUCAUUUGAAUUAAGCAUGUAUUCACUUGAGUGGCUUUCUGUUAUCGAAAGCCAAAUUGUAACUUAACGGUUUAACGGCCACUUCCCAAGGAAACACGGAACAUUGGGCCAGCGUUGGUCCUGUGAUUGCAACCACUUUUCCAACGUUGCAUGUUUCCUGGGUGUACUGGCAUGGCGUAAGCUCUGAUUUACACUUUGUUUUUGAUCACUACCAACUGUUGUUGGUUGGAAUCCACCACGCUGAUCUUAUUUGAACCUAAAACUGAUGUCACUGUGUUCUAAAUGCAUGUAUCUGACUAUAUAUAUAUACACACACGGUCUAUUGUUGUGUUCGUGAGUAGGAUAGGUUUGUUGGAAGGAUGUGAAGAGUUUUGUAUUAUUCAUCCUAUCAAUUUACCCACACAAUUGUUUAAAGGAAUAGAUAAUUGCAUAGUGCUCUUCCAAACGACGUGGCAUGUGGAGACCCAGUCAUGGUGCAUUGUUUGCGUUUUUAAAUACUCGACAGUGAAAAUUAUUUUACGUCUCACGCUUUCACUUUCUUUUUUAAUGAACAAUAAUGAAUUUAUACUACAGUGUUGUGUUUUCAGAUUUAUUUUUUUGUUUGAAAUUUGUAUAUAUAUUUUUUUGCACAGUAUAAUAUUGCCUUCGUGUUGUUCUAUAAUUCUCUGGCGUACUUCGUAGUGAUGUGCUUCUUUUCUCCUUCUCUUGCACGAAGCAUCGCAAACAUAUUCUGGAACGCUGCUUAGGGCUGGCUUGGCGUUAAGAAAUUAUCGGCGUAAGACACGACCACUAGAGUACAACGUACGCAUUCCUAUGCAUUACAAUCCCAUAUUAUUAAGCCUAUAAUCAUAUGAGGACAAAAUAAGGUGAUACGGAGCCAAAAUAAUUCCCCGAACAGCGUUCCAGACCGGCUGAAAUUAAGCACUGAGCGUUGCAUAUUGUGACAUUCUUGUCUUAGCCUAUGCCACGUAUGGGGGAGCAGCAGUGCAGUGGUUAGCACGCUGCACUGUGAGCCCGACGACCUUACGAGUUCGAUUUCCCAGCCACGGCUAACAUCAGUGGCGGGUGAUAUUUGUAACCGUGGUCACGUGACAAUCUCCCACUUUCAUUCACUAGCCCGCACUUACCAGCUUGGCGAAGUAUGGUCAUGCACCCCCACCCCCCCCCCCCCUCCAUGACUAAUACUACAUGGGGAAGCCUUCAUUCAGCAGUGGAUUGAUAAGGGCUGUAAAUGUUUCUAAGUAUGAUUUCGUGUUUCUUCACAUUUUUCUCGCGAUAAUAAAUAUACGGUAGCCGGUAGGGGUUAGUUAAUUUUUAAUGCAUACAUGGGAUCGUCAAAAACAUAUUUUAACGUCUUAUAUUCUAUGCAGGCACAGAAUGUGGAUAAAUUUAAUCGUAGAAUUAUAGAAGCAGCUCCACACUAAAGGUUGUGUCAUGGGUUGUGAAUAAUUUCACUGACUUAUUGCUGGCACAAACAAAAAGCUAUAAUCCAUUUUUUUACGUGUGAAAAUGCAUGCAAUGUGUAAUUAUUUACUUAAAAAUUACAGCGGAAAUAACGGCAGACACUCUAUUAAACAUAACUGCAUGCAUAGGAAAUGUUAACGGAUAAUCACGUAAAAGAGUAUUUUAUUUGACGAAUAACGAAUCUAAAAUUUUCAUAUGAAACACAUUUUUUAUGGUCUCUGGCAUUAAAUGUGCUACAUUUAUUGUUAAAAAAAAGAGUUGUUCCUCCCAGACUAUGGGUCAAUAAUGUUGACUUUUACUUAGUUCGGGGUAGGCUGAUAUCAUAUAAAGAAUGAAUCUGGUGUGAAAUGUAAUAGGUUUUGUUAUUGCACUAUAUUUAAAUGCAGCAGUUCGUAUCUUUCUUCACUGCCUAUGGAAUGGAUUCGUAUCGGAAACAGUCUCGGCAUAACCGUUUGUCAGUGCUUAAAUUCUGUUAAGCGCCAUCCAUCCUACGGCUCACUUUCAUUUGGUUGGGAUGACACGAAGAAUAACCCAGUGCCACUCUUUCAGAGUCUCCCUUUGCCAUUGAAGAACACGAAAACAACAUCGAUGGUUAAUAAAAAAAUCGCAUGAUGAUUCUCGUAAAAAAAAAACCGAUUGAUAUACUGAUGAAAAUGUUUCGAUUUAAAGCUUUCGUGACUGCAGGGAUUCAUCAUCUUGGUUCUUUCGGUAAAGUCACGUAGAAGGGAGAUAAUAAAAUAAUAAAAAUUAAACAAUAAAAUACAUUGUAUUAUGUUUUGAAAUAAUACAAAUAUAACAUAAUAAAAUACAUUGCAUUUUAUUAUGUUUUAUUUUUUAAAUACAUUGCAUUUUAUUAUGUUUUAUUUUUAUUAUUUUAUAAUUUCCCUUCUACGUGACUUUACCGAAAGAACCAAGAAGAUGAUGAAAAUGUGUUCUUAUUUGUUGAUAUUUCCCCCCCAAGUUUUAUUGAAUUUGAGCUGUUGGUAUCAGGGAGGGAAGGGAAGAAGACAUGUCCACGAAGAGCCCUUGCAUAGCAGUGCGUGGCCCGUGUUAGAGCACGACCUGUGGAACGUGAUAUCACAGAACUCACACUGUGAGACCUCCUUUACCAGUGGCAAAAUAUAGUAGUAGGUUUUUACCCUUUCAACUGGUACAAAAACUGACACCUUUAUGCAAGGCAUCAUGUUUGCAAUAACCACAACACAAGCAGUGAAAAUGCAAACAAAAAUAAACAAUUCCGAUGAUGAUAAUGAUAUGCACUGUCCUUGAAGUUGAUUGGUCCACACCAGAGACAGCUUUUCUUAGAGCCUAGUCUCCAUUGGUGUUGGACCAGAUGACACCAAAAGGCGUACUUUGGCGUCAUCUGGUUAUUGCAAACAUGAUGCCUUGUAUAAAGGUGUCAGUUUUUGUACCAGUUGAAAGGGUAAAAACCUAUUACUAUCACAGAACUCGUUCUUAGAUCCCUUCCAAGUGACCUCUCAUGUCAGCCAAACACAAAAAAAUGCCACCUUCAGACCGCUGCUAAAUGAAGCGAAUUGUCAAAUGUGUGCAUCGUCACCCUGAGACAAUCAACUCACUAAACUUGAGAACUCGCCUGAGUCAUGAUGGCUGAAACCCAGAUUUUAAAAAAGCCCAUUGAUCUCCGCAGAACUGGCUUGGUGUUUCUGACCACAGAGCUUCCCGGCUACCUCUGAAAUCAACGUCCAGCCAAUGAUCAAAUAAUGCGUGUUACAAUCGGUUAUCUCCAAUUUAUUGAUUCAUGUGAUCGGUGCACAGAAACCGUACAACUUCUUACGGUUUCUAUGCUCACCCCGGGUAAACAAGUGCAGUAGUAAUAAUAUGAUAUGCACCGCAUGGGGACAGGUGAAUUGAUUCGUGAGUUGAAUCGUGACCCUGAAUUGUGGCAAUUCGUAGAAUCCUGAAUGGGGGGUGGGGGGUGAAUCAUAAUCUGACCCGGUCCUGGGCCACCCCCCCCCCCCACCUUCGUCAACCCUCUCUAAACCAGCGUGGUGAAGUAUGGUCAAAUUACCCCCACGACUGACGCUGGCGUGGAGGGGGGGGGAGCCCUCAGCCAUCAGUGGCUUGACGAAGGGCUGCAAAUGUGUCAUUGUGAAUUAUUUCCGGCAUCAUUGUACACACGCAGAGUUUAAGCACUGACCUUUUGUGCGUGACUUGUUUGUAAAAGCGACAUCAGUAGAGCGUUUUGUGUGUUCCAUUUUCAAUAUGUUUACGACACAGGUAUAGUACAAUGCCACUUUGUAUUAUUUGCAUUACUGUAUUAUGGUCACUUGAAUAAGAGCAAAUAAAAUAUAUUGUUUAAACACG